CGAUCAUUGGCCACUAUCGGACAACCAUAAAUCAAAAUGGGGAUGAAGCUACUAGUACUUCUAGCCGUGGUAUCAUCCGCGACAGCUGCAGUCAAGCUGCAGGAGAUGUUCUCCUGGAAUGUGGUGGACUGGAACUACCCUGACGCGUACUCCCGGCAGCAGGCCAUACAGUCUGGUGCUCUGAUACAGGAGAAUGCGCUACCAGUCGGCAUUGAGAGGUGGAGGAACAAGCUCUUCGUUAGCGUACCUAGGUGGAAGGCGGGUAUACCCGCUACACUGAACUACAUACCUUUGGAUGGUCCGUACGACCCGUCGCCGAAGCUAACCCCCUACCCAAGUUAUGCAGGCAACGAGUUGGGCAACUGCCAGUCCGGUCUCAACACUGUGUACAGAAUCAAAGCAGACAAAUGUGACCGUCUCUGGGUCCUCGAUGUUGGUACAUAUGGAUACGAUUCCAACACGACCAAUCUUUGCCCUUACUCGCUCAAUGUUUAUGACUUGAACACUGACCAACGCAUCCGAAAGUAUGUAUUCCGUCCCGAAGACAUUGUCGCCUCGACUUUCAUUGCCAACAUCGCUCUCGACGAGGGAAGAUCUUGUGAUGACACCUUCGCGUACUUCUCCGACGAACUAGGCUACGGCCUCAUCGCCUACUCUUGGCAACUAAACAGGUCAUGGAGGUUUAACCAUGGAUUCUUCAUGCCCGACCCCCUUACUGGAGACUACAACAUUGGUGGUCUGAACUUCCAAUGGAGCAGCGAAGGAAUUUUCGGUAUCUCUGCUUCACCCGCCGGCCCAGAUGGAUACAGGACCCUAUUCUUCAGUCCUUUGGCCAGUCACACACAAUUUGCAGUUUCAACACGCAUAUUACGAGAUGAAUCCAAAGUAACAGGAUCUUACCACGACUUCAAAGUCGUAGGAUCCCGAGGUGCUAACGGUCACACUACUUCCAAGGUCGUAGACGAGUACACAGGUAUCGAACUAUUCAAUUUAAUUGACCAAAAUGCUAUUGGAUGUUGGAGAUCGGAUACGCAAUACAAACCACAGAACAUUGCUGUUGUAGACAAGGAUGACACGGGACUGAUAUUCCCCAGUGACGUUAAGAUUGACGCACAAAGAAAUGUGUGGGUGAUCUCCGACCGUAUGCCUGUGUUCCUGGAAUCUACCCUGGAUUACAGUGACAUAAACUUCAGAAUAUACACUGCUCCUCUGGAUGUGUUAGUGCAAGACACUGUAUGCCAGGCUCCUCAGCAGUACAUUCCGAGCGUUAAACCGAAUCAGCCCGCCAUCAUUCCUCCCCAACCGCAACUGCAGCCUUACUACUUUGAGAACGGUUUGGGUGUAACAGCCAGCCCUGCUCUUCCUGGAUCAGUAGCACUGUACUCCCCAGUGGGAUCUCCUCAACCUGCACUCGCGGGUAGAAAUGCUUUCGGACCUGGAAUAAUCAGGAACUCCAUUCCCACUGUGCAAAGCUACGUAAACUUCCCCAAAGAAAAUAACAAUGGUCCUUACCUGACCUCUCGGCCGAAACCGACUAUUUCUCACAGGAACCCUUGGUGGCACGAGAAACGUAAUUACGAAGUAUACGAACAUUAAGAACUUCGAUAAGAAUAUUAUACCUCUAGUAUUCUUUAUUUUUAAAUGUUGAUAAUUAAAAACAAUGUUCAUUUAAUUUUAAGUUCUAGACAAUAUUUCCUUCUGUCAUCUCUAAGAUUACUUAGUAGAUAUGUAAUUGUAUUUUAACAUACAUUUUCAUAUUUGCAGUUUAACAUCUUGCAGAACAUUAACUAUUA